CAAUUCAACACUGCAAAAGGAAAAAGAGAAAAAAAAUUAGGGAAAUAGUUUCAUUCCAUAUUGGGAUGAGAGGGUGAGUUUUGGGGUUUUGGUGUUUUGGUGUUCAAUGAUUGUGAAAAAUGUGUUCGUCUCCAAAAAGCAUUAGUAUGAGCACGAGCAUGAGCAGCAGCUGUAGCGAAUUAGAAGAUGACAGUAAUAAUAAUAAUAACAACAGUAAUUACGAGCAGGAGCAGGAGCAGGAGCUCCGCAGAGGGCCUUGGACUCUCCAAGAAGACAACCUCCUCCUCCACUCCAUCUCUCUCCACGGCGAAGGCCGCUGGAAUCUCCUCGCCAAACGCUCUGGCCUCAAAAGAACCGGCAAGAGUUGCAGAUUGAGAUGGCUAAACUACCUCAAACCUGAUGUAAAGAGGGGAAAUUUGUCACCUCAUGAACAGUUCUUGAUUCUUGAUCUCCAUUCUAAAUGGGGCAACAGGUGGUCUAAGAUUGCACAGCAUUUACCGGGAAGAACAGAUAAUGAGAUAAAGAACUACUGGAGAACGAGAGUUCAAAAACAAGCGAGACAUCUUAAUAUAGACACUAACAGCGACGCAUUUCAGCAGAUUAUUCGAUGCUAUUGGAUCCCAAGAUUGCUUCAAAAAAUCAACGAAUCUAAUUCAUCGUCCACGUCAUCAUCACCGCCGCCGCCGCCGUUGCAGUUGCCGUCUUCCUCCGAAUCAGCGAUGGUUUCCGGCCAGACUUUGAUGGGUUCUCAAACUCCGAUGAUGGCAGCGCCACAACCGCCAGCGACGACGUCGUUUCAGGUUCCUCUGCAUAUCGGUGGAACGACGUCGUUGAACGGUUUGAAGCAGGAAGAGAACAAUUCCGGCGGAGAUUUCUUCGGGAGUUCUUGCAAUUCUUCUUCUUCUUCUUCUUCUUCUUCACGAGUAGUAAAUCAAAUUUCUGGUUACCCGAAUUUUGAAAAUUACGGGACGUCGUUUCUGAAGGACUAUUGGCACGGCGGCCAUGGCGGCGCAGAGAUGAUGAACUGGCCGGCAACGACGUCGGCAACGGGGGAUUCCAGUUACCCGGUUACCCAAUGCCACGUGGCUGAAAGUAAUUGGAUGGACACAGAUUUUGCCGGUUACAUGUCCAACAUGGAUGACUUAUGGCAAUUUUAGGAAGAAAAACUGGGUUUAAUUAUUAUUUUUAGAUAACCCAGAAAAACGUACUUCUUGAUUGAUUCAUAAUUUUCUAUUCAUUUGCGA